AGUUCAGCCGAGGCAGGGACAAAUACAGAACAAAUUUUGUGUGUGUUUGUAACUAGGGCACCAGAGCAAUAGAGGAAGCCAAAAUGAGCCGGAAAAGCAAAAGGAGUUUAAAGGAGAAAUUUGCCUUGAAGAACAGCUUGGUUAAAGAAGCGCUCUCAGAAUUCCUGGGAACUUUUAUACUGAUAGUGCUUGGAUGUGGGUGUGUGGGACAGGCUGUCCUUAGCCGAGGAGCCCAUGGUGGGCCCAUGACAGUAUCAGUUGGAUUUGCAAUGGCAGUCACCAUAGCAGUGUAUGUGUCUGGGGGGGUUUCUGGUGGUCACAUAAACCCAGCCGUUUCAUUAGCCAUGUGCAUGACUGGAAGAUUAAAAUGGACCAAAUUACCAAUUUACAUAUUAGCACAACUCCUGGGAGCAUUUGUUGGAGCAGCGUCUGUCUUUGGGAUUUAUUAUGAUGCCUUUAUGGAGUAUAGCAACGGAACACUUGAAGUCACAGGACCUAAUGCAACAGCACAUAUCUUUGCAACAUACCCAGCUCCAUAUCUGUCCCUCAUAAAUGGAUUUGCAGAUCAGGUGAUGUCGACAGCUGUUCUUCUUCUGGCUAUAUUUGCUAUUUUUGACACCAGAAAUAACAGUGUACCAAAGGGCCUGGAGCCAAUCGCAGUAGGACUUCUUAUAAUUGUUCUUACUUGCUCCUUGGGAAUGAACAGUGGCUGUGCCAUGAAUCCAGCCCGGGAUCUAGGCCCAAGGCUCUUCACAGCCAUUGCAGGAUGGGGGAUGGAAGUAUUCAC